AUGUGCAAAGAUGCCCUGUGCCCACACCUCCUAUUGGAAAAGGAGGCUUUUCCCCCUUCUCGUUCCAUUGGGGCCAACUUCGAUUCUCUGUCCAUGGUGGGAGAAGGGGACAGGAGGUUAGGAAGUGUCCUCUUGCUUGCAGAUACACUGCAGAAUGAGUCUGUAGUUGAAAAAAAAACUAUAUUCAUUUGCUUCUUGUGUUUGAGCACAUGCCUGAAAAGGAGGUUUUGGGGGAAACUGUGCCUGUGCACCUGCCAUGUGCAUUAUUGGGGUCACCUACACCCCACGCUUUGGCUAGUUAAACGUUUUAGGAUGUUUUGA